AUCGAUGUCAAGUGCUGCUACUGGUCCUACUAACUUUGCCGAUGAUGGCAGAGACGUCAUUGAACGUCAAGUCGAAAUAAAGAGUGAAAAACAUGAACACAUUCAAGAUCUAUACGAGAUCGAUCGCACUGUAGCAAAAAUCAAAGAGAAAGGAUAUAAGCGUAUUGCACUUCAAUUUCCUGACGAAUUCUUGGCAGACGCAGCUGCUGUUUCCAAGCAAUUGGUUGAAUUGACAGGUCAACAUGUGUUUGUAUUAGCAGAUACAUCUUACGGAAGCUGUUGUGUUGAUGAGGUGGCUGCUGAACAUGUCCAUGCUGAUUUUAUUAUUCAUUAUGGAAGAUCUUGUUUAAGCCCAACUUCUCGUUUACCUGUAUUGUAUGUGUUUGGUCAGCAACCUGUUGAUAUAGAAGAUUGCCAACAACAGUUCGAACAGCAGUUUCCUGAUAAAACCCAACCUGUCAUUAUCAUGUGCGACGUUGAGUAUUCUUAUGCUGCUGAGAAGUUGACAGCUGAAUUAGCAAAGACAUACAACACGAUUAUUCCAACUGUUAUUCAGACAGAAUCUACUUUGCAGCACACGUUGACCGAGAAACUAGCCCAACGUCCGAAUACCUGUGGUAAUCAUGAAGAGCGACAAAAGAAAGGAGAGCCCUGUUGUGGUAAAUGUAACCGCGACUUAGAAGACACAUUCAACAGUGACAGUGAAGAAGAACAAGUGAACCCAGCUCCUGCUGUUCCUAUUGAGAAUAUGGAAGGAUUGAAGGCCGAGGUUAAGCGAGGUGGCCGCUACUUUGAACUACCUGAUUCUGUUUCCAUGGAAUCAUGCUCCAUCUUUUUUAUCGGUACUGAGGGCUUGACAUUGACCAACAUUAUGAUGGUUCAUAACAAGUGUCCCGUUUAUACUUAUGAUCCUAAAACAAAAGAAGCUAGAAAAGAAUCUGUUCAAGUGAGUAGAAUGUUGAUGAAGAGAUACUUUCUUGUUCAAAAAGCCAAAGAUGCUGACACAAUUGGUAUUGUUGUAGGCACUUUGGGAGUUGCCUCCUACUUGAAUAUUAUUGAGCACUUGAAAAAGGUCAUUAAAGCUGCUGGAAAGAAAUCCUACUUGUUUGUCAUGGGGAAACUCAAUGUUGCUAAAAUGGCCAAUUUCAUGGAAGUCGACUGCUAUGUACUUGUUUCUUGCCCUGAAAAUAGUUUGAUUGAUUCAAAGGAGUUUUACCGCCCAAUUGUGACACCUUUUGAAUUAGAAAUAGCACUCAUCAGAGAUAUGGAAUGGACUGGCAAUUAUAUCACUGAUUUCUCAAAGCUUUUGCCUCAGUUACGUACAGAUGAUUUCAGUUAUGAUGAGGAGAAAGACGACGAUGCAUCUAGUGAUGAAGAACCCCAUUUCUCCUUGAUUACCGGUCAAUACAAAUCGGGCCCUUUUCAUCGAACAAGUACCAAUAAAGAAGAAUCAAGUGAAGCCUUGACAAGCACAUUAACAGAUCUGACUUUGAGAAACAAAGAGUCAAGCAUUGCCAUGCUCUUGAACAGUACUGCAGGAGAAUAUCUCAAGAAUAGAACCUAUCGAGGUUUAGAAGCAAAUAUUGGUCAAGAUGAAGCUGCAGAAAUUCAAGAAGGUCUUUCGGGUAUUGCAAGAGGUUAUGUCAAUGAAAAAGAAGAAGAAGAAUAAAAUAGUACAUGGAACACUGUGCAUGAAUGUAAAUAAAGUUCUUUAAAUGGUAGAAUGAAAGUUGUGCUUUAUCAGAGAACAUCUCUCGGUCUUCCGUAAACAUUUUGCAUAUUAAAACAAGAAAGAAAAAUAAAGACUCUACGCUGAA